AUGGAGUGGCGCCAACCACGUCCUGGCCGCAACAGAAACGUUUUUAAAGGAUCCUUCCUGGUAUCAACUCUACUCGACCAGCAUUCAAACCGCUUCAAGAGUAGGGCCGCGGCGGUCAAGUUUGCCAAGAAACUGUUUCGCGAGAGUCAGGUAAAGAGUAUAUUUGGAGCCAAUUACUUCGAAGACUCGCCACACCUCUACAUGUGGAACGAUGACGUCAUCACCAAAUAUCAGCGAGCUAAUACUAUGACGUCGCAUGUGUCACGUGGUGCAAGAGAAUCUCGUUAUGAUCAAAAAGUUAUAGAGGAUGCCAAAAAUCGAAUUUUAAAUCGUGGGGAGCAGAUUAACUUAGUGAAACCGUUCCAUGAUUCUAAUCCGGAAUCUGAUAGCGAUUAUUAUAGGCCUAGUGAAAUCAGUCGGCUACAUAGAAACCUCGAUCCUCGGAUCUAUCAUUCGUAUUCCACGGAGAGCUCGCUAGAAUCACAAAACAUCUACCGUCAGGUCAACAAAAUAUACUCCAAACACAAACAUUUAACUUCCAUGUCUAAAUCUCGGAAUCACGCUGCUAUCCCGGAAGAAAAGAUGGAUAUACCGGAAGUGACGCAAGGAGAAUAUAUGACGGGAACCGUUACGGGUACAAUGAAUAGUCAGGCGUCAUCAGCGGCGACGGAAAACAGCGAUAAUGGCCGGAGGUGGGGAGAAACAGCCUAUUCCUAUUCGGACAAUGAAAAACAAUUGAUUGAGGAAAUGAAACGGAUGAAAAAAGAACAUCAGUAUAUUUUGAAAACGUAUGAAGAACGAAUCAAUAAACUAAUGGCUAAGAUGCAUGAAUUACGGAGUAUAGCUGAAAUGUUGGAGAAUUCCAGUACCAAAUCAUCUCCGUAUGGAAUUUUACCCAAUAAAGCCAACAUCCUUAGUAUUAUAGGAUCUAAAUUAGACGAGGAGCGGAAAGAAGCAGGUUUAUUUGGGGCCGAUGGUGAUGAUCCUCCUCCCCUACCCCCACGGCCAGUCCGGGGGAACAAGAUCUACCCUAAUAAACCGAUCGUACAUACCGGGGUUAUCAUGAAACAUCUUCCAUGGAGCAGAAUUAUUGUCAAUGAAGAGGGUGAAAAUGGACCUACCUCUAUCUGGCAGAGUAUGAUGGAACCUAAAAUAGACGUCGAGGAAUUAGAGAGGUUGUUUUGUGCGACGACAGAAUCACUGGAUGAUAUUUCUCUGUUUGAUGAUAUCUAUGUAAGAAGAGGUAGACCCAAACAUCAGCUGGUUAACAUCUAUGAAGGGGACAAAGCCCAGAGGAUUGUGGCGGAGAUGAGAAACUUACGAUGUUCUUUAAACGAUCUGAUCCAUUCUGUGACAGUUUUAGAUUCCAAAGACCUGAAUCAAGAAAGUUUAGCACAGUUAUUAGAUCUACUGUGUUCAUCACGUGACAUGGAGAAGAUUGUACACCACGUGAAGAGAAAAGGGGCGGCUCAACUCGACUAUCCUGAGUAUUUGAUAUCUGAAAUCUCCAAAGUUGACCAUUUUAAAGAAAGAUUGGAAUUUCUCAGAUUUCGUGAAAAAUUACAGAUUAAUUUAUUUGAAAUUGAACAACAGUUACGAGAGUUACAUACAGCUUGUGAUGAAAUCUGUAACAGCCUGGCCUUAAAGAAUCUAUUGGGAACUCUGUUGACUGUAGGCAACUAUUUAAACGGUGGGUCGGAGAAGGGACAAGCUGAUGGUUAUAAUUUAGAUAUAUUGAAUAAGUUAAAAGAUGUCACAGACAAGAGUCGUCGAGGAAACCUGUUAGAGUUUGUUGUUAAAUCGUAUUGUAAAUUGUAUGAGAGUGAUGUAGAAACAGGUUGUCCUACGAGAUUUCGGCUUCCAGAACCUUCCAACAUGAGACAUGCUGCUCAAGUAUCGUUCGAGGACAUUCAUAGAGCUUUGAACAGUUUACGUCAAGAAUUACACAUUGUUAAAGACAGGAUUGAGGGUGUAGCCAGAACUGAUAACAGUAAUACCACAUAUCAACUGAAAGUUUUGAGUGAAAAUUAUUUUACCUGCGCUGUUGAAGUACUAGCAGAAGAAGAUCGCCUCCUGGAAGACACUAAGAAAUAUUUUAAGAAAACCUCCACUUAUUUUAUUCACGAUAGAAAAACUUCACCUCAAGAUUUCUUUCAAAUUUGGGCCACAUUUCUUCAUGAUACCAAAUUUUACUGGAAAUUAUCUCACAGAAACUUGGCGAAACUCAGAUUUGAAAUGGAGUUUUCCGCCAAGAAUCAAAUGUCUUCCACGUCACACCACAGUCACCAUGGUAAAUAUAGAAACGAGGUGAAGAAACAUCUGUCAACAUUGGAACAGGACCGUCACCUGAACCGUGCCCAGCAACUCAAACAUAUCAAUAACUGGAUCGAAUCCGUGGGGAAAUACACCGAGGAGAUCAACUCAGACAUACCUCAUUACAAUCCACGUAGUUCGUCCACCAAACACGACCCGCAUUCCACUCAUCGACCAUCGUCUCCCAAACCAUUGACAUCCACGCCUCCCAACGUCCACAAACCUCUUGCCUUGAAUCAUAACAGUCCAACUCUGGCUGUACCACCCUAUUAUGGAAAUGGUAACCACAACUAUAUAAAUCAGGAGUCACCGUACGAUACUCUAACGAGAGGAAACGAGACUGAUGACGUCAAUAAACAGACGUCAAGUCCACCGGAAGUGGCUCCGAAGAAAAACAGUAAUCAGUUCUCGUUAAAAUCUUGGUUGAAGCGAGAACAAACAAAACGAAACGAUGACAAUAAUGUCAAUCAGAAACAAAACACUCCAUCGAGUACAGGUACCUUAGGGAAGAUUCGCAACUCGGUUGUGAAUAAAUUUUCGAAUUCUAAGAGACCUCUAGAUGCUCAACAUGAAGUGAACAAACCGGAAGUUGACCGGCGACUGAAAGACUCGAAUAAGAACAACUCGUCAUCUAAUCCAGGUCAUCAAACUAUAGUCACUGGCAAUGAAAUCAACGUCAACAUGGUCACAGGACCUAAUAUUUAUCUGGAACGUAACAAGGGAGACUACCAAGGUCUAUAUUUCGAGGUUCCUAUAACGAGAGAUGGCGGAUUUGGACAGAAUUCGAACCCAUCAACACUUGACAGUACAAAGAGUAGAGACAACUCCCCACCUAAGUAUGAUUACAAUAAAGAACAACCAUUCGGUGGCCAGUUCACAAGUCCAGAGAAAAAAAGCGUUUCGCCGCAUAAUGACGUGAACAAUAAUAAGAAAUCUCGCGGAAUUCCGCCAGAGACUCCUCCAAAACCAGCACGUGCAAAAGACCGCGUUAAUAUGGGCCACUCUGAACAAACCGUCCCACAUCUAGCUAGUACAGAUCCUCAGAUGGUGGUAGCCGAGGCUGUGCCUGUUUACACUGCCAAAUCCACACCGAACUAUGAGAACCAAACUAAAGUGGACCAUCGAUCUCAAGUUCUUCGUGGUCAUGCCGAACCUGUUCAUUCAUCACACAAACCUCAGCUAUCCAACUCAUCUGAAGUGUAUCGAAACGAACUCGCUAGAAAAAGUGAAAUGUUCUUGAAAGGAAGUUCACAAAAGACAUUGUCUCCAGAAAAUUACAGAAUGGGCUCCGGUAGUAAAUCUAAUUCCGACUUCAGUCGAAGCCCCCAGCAACAUUUUGACGGGUAUCCGGCGAGGUGCAGUGCCAGUACCCAGAACAUCCUGGAACGUCAGCUAAAUCACCUCAGUCCUCCAACCAUGUCAGACCCUAGAAACAUGACCCACAGAACCACACAGAAUUCAUCCUCGGUGACUAACCUUAUAGACCGGUUCGAGAAGAGUCCGGUUCAAAUGGAUUCUGAUAAACAACCAUCCAUGACAUCAACACCUCUUACUCAUCGUCGCAACAAUCAACUCUCGCCCGAACAGGAUUCAUACCAGACUCCUCACAGAGGCCGCCACCGGGAUCAAGAGUCAUAUAGCCGAUCACCACCGCGAUCCAAGUCUCAAGAUCGGAGUAAACCCAGGUCUCGAGAAUCUAGUCAACAACGAUACCAUGAUCGUGAAUCCAGUCAUCGACAGCAAGAUCACCGCGGGGCACAAGACCAUCGUGGGACACAAGACCAACAUCAAAAUCAGAUCCGAAAACAGGAUUCGUUCCGGCAACAGGACGAGUUCAAGCAGCACGACUACAACCACAAUCCAUCUGAAAUUAGAAGCAGCAAGACCCAGACAUAUCCAGUACCCAAACCACGACGAAAUCAACCUCAAGUCACUCCAAACAUGAACCAAUAUAACCAACAGCAGUACAACCAGAACCAGCGAUAUCCCACCUCGAAUUAUCAACAACCUUCUGAUACCCAGCAAUACCAUCAACAUUUUACCAAUAAAUCACCGCCUUCUAAUCACCAACAAAUAGUCAUCCAUCAAAUACCAACAAGCCAUCAAACACCGCUCAAUCACCAUACACAAUUCAAUCACCACACACCGCCCGACCUCCAAACACCAGCAAGCCACAAAUUACCAACCAACCAUCAGGCUAAGGCCAACCAUCAAACAACCUCCAACCAUUAUUCAAGCCAGCCACCCAAUCAGUACCAGAUUUAUAAAGCGACGCCAGUGACUUACAAUAAGAGCGAUCAGGACAAUACAUACGGCUUCAGCGAUCACGAGGACAAUUAUACGGAUCAGUUGAGAAAAGCAUCGAAGGCUAAAUCUAGUGCAGUAUUUGAUAGGUAUACUAACUCUACAACCAGUCCGCAAUAUGGCCGCCAAUCUGGCACAAUGGCCGUUGUGAAACCCACAGUAAUGCAGCCUAAACCAAUGGAUAUAUGAACACCUUUAAGACUGCACUUUCUCGAAAUACAGGUAAACGGUCGAGAGCUAACCCAGAGCAAAACCUACUCGGAAUAAUAUACUAGCCUAGAGAAUGUCACAAUUCCUAUGAAUGUAUAUGUAAAAAUACUGAAUUCCAUUGAACAAAGAAACGCGAAGCUGACGCAAAGCUGAUCUGGAGCUUGGUAAAAUUCAAUCGCUGAACGGUAGUAAGGGUAACCGUGUCGUUAUUUGAUAGCCUGUUUUAGUCUGAGUUACAGACAUCCCUUAUCGUCAUCGUAGUCCAAGUUAGAAUAUCUGUCUACAUUAAAUUUAAAGACAUCGGUUGCCUAUUUAAUAAUAAUUUAACAAAGAUAAAAUACAGAUUUUAAAUAUUUUAUUGUUGUAAAAAGCUUAAAUUGAUUUAGUGAUUGGCAAUCUGUCGCUUGAAACAUUGAGCUCAUAAACAAUUAAGGCUUUUAUCGUGGUUCUUGGCUUACUAUUGAGUAGUCUGAAGAAUUAGAACUGUCCAGAUAAUAUAUUAGCUGCAAUAUUUGAUAAAAUAAAGUUAUUGUUAUUAUUAAUGAU